GAGGAAGAGGAAGAGAGCCUUCAUCAGGGGGUGACUAAGCUGCACCGGUCAGAGCAGGACUCUCAGUUUGGACCGGCUGCUCGCACAGAAGCUUCCGGUACCGCUCAGUCCGGUCCGCUCGGCCCAGGCCUGCAGCCCCCGGGCUGGUACUGUUCGGACAGCACAGAGGCGUCCGGUACAGAGCCAACAAAGAUGGAGGAUUCUGAACUAGAGCUCAGUGCGGCAGAAUGGAGCGAGUCGGAGCUUUGCAAGGACAGAGUUGUGACAUCACCACCACUGCCGGACUCUAAAAACGGCUUACCUCCUGUCUCCCAUAGCAACGCACUACCGUUACCGCUGGCGACCAUGACAACGGCGUCCCCCUCCUGGCCCCUUCCGCUUAGCUCCUCCCCCAUCACCAUCAAGCAGGAAGAGGAAGAGGAAGACUGCAGCGGUGUUCCAGAACCGGGGCCUCUGUUGCCGGCGGUGACCACAACCUUGUCGUCAGGAGGGGUCAGCGGAGAGCGAGACCGGGACGCGAUGCCACCAGCGAUGAUGCCGUCAUCGUCAUCACACAUGGCAGGGGCGGUGUCGUUCGGCAGAUACAAGCGCCGCAUACAGUGCCUAGACCCGCCGAUGACCUUGACAACGGCCCUGUCGUCAGGUGACACAGGAUGCGGAGACGGACAGGACAUGAUGUCAUCAUCGCUGUCACAUGGCGCGGCGGCGGCCGUAGCGGGGCCGUUCAUGCGCUACAAGCGUCGUAUCCAGUGCCUGCAGUGCGGCAAGAGCUUCGACCGCCAGAGCCACUAUGAGCGCCAUCGCAGGAUACACACGGGGGAACGGCCCUACGGCUGCUCCGUAUGCGGACGCCGCUUUACCCAGAAGAGUAACCUGAAGGGACACCUCAGGACCCACUCGGACGAGAAAAGAUACCACUGCCCGGGGCCCUUCGCCACCGUCAAAAACGCCUUUAGCCCCCCUUUAGCGGCCUCAAGACACUACUAGGGGGCGACACACACGGCCAUUUGUAGUGUUUUCUCCCAUUGAAACCCAUUGUGAGACAUGGCUAUUGGACUACAAAAAUGGCCGCCUGCUGGUGAUCCCGUGCGGUUCGUCCCCCAUCGGGGCUGCGAGCUCACCACCUCGUCAACUAUAUCGGUUCGGCAAUGGGAGGCACAGUACGAGACCGCUGAGCUAAAGGGCCAGUCUGAUCGCCCAACGCCACCGCGCUGUAUUGACGCUUCGGGAGGGAGGUUUACUAACGUUACACGCCACACUCUACUAGUUGGCCUCCUAAAAUCAAACACAAGAAAACCCAAAUAUCUAAUAAUAGCUGUUGUGCGAUGAUGGCACUUUGGUGCCGCUUGUUCACAUUCCCACACAACCCAACAGGUGAACGCUACACACACACACACACGCUCACACACACACACACACACACACGCUCACACACUCAGGUCUGCCUGGUAGCAGGUGUCCGGCUAUUUCAGAAACAUAAAAUGGAACAAUAAAGAGCCAAAAUAUAUGCUUUUAAGUGUGUUUCUCCUUAUGUCUUUGGAUGACAAUAAAACAGAGUUCUUUCCAAAGCUUGCUGCGGGUAGAACCACAGGC